AUAAAUUUUAUUUCCAAAACACGUGUGAAUAAAAAUUCUUCUUUUCUACAAAAUUUAUAAAAUAAAGGAUGAAUAAAAAUAAAAAUAAUCUUUUUGAUGAUUCUGAAGAAAGUGAUAAAGAUAUUGAAUUCAAUACAAACGCGGAUUAUGCAAAAUCUUACAAUAAAUUUCGACAAAAAGAACUUUUAAAAAAGUAUAAAGAUCGAAAUGAUGUCUCUGAAUCGGAUUCAUCAGAUGAAAGUGAUUCAACCGAAGAAGACGAAAUCAUCGAUCCAAAAUUUGAUCAGGAAUUCUUUAAAACACUUUCCUCAUUGAAGAGCAAAGAUCCAACAAUUUACGAUAAGAAUACUCGAUUCUUCGAUGGAGUCGAACUUGAAGUUGGUCAAAAUAAAAAACAAGCACCUGCCAAACCUGUUACGCUUAAGGAUUAUGAACGUAAAAUUAUUUUAGAAAAAGAAGGCAAAUUUGAAGAUGAUUCGGAAAAUGAAAAUGAAAACUAUGAAGAAAAUGAAAGGGCAGCUUCUCCAACUUACGUUGAAGAACAACGUCGACUGAAAGAUGAGUUUAGAAAAGUGAUCGAUGCUGAAAACUCAGAUGAUGAGGAAUUUGGCGGAAUUUUCAAGAAGAGAGUAAAGACCAAAGAAGAAAAUGAAAAAGAAGAAGCUGAUUUUACUAAAUGGUUGGCUGGAAAGAAAGAUGAUGUGGAAGAGGAAGUUAAAAAAUCUCUUGGUCCACUAAAGAAUUACUGGUCAAAUGCGAAAUUGCCUCAGAGAGAGAAGUUUCUUCGAGAUUAUAUUCUGAAUCAAGGUUAUGCUGAAACAAACUUUGCUGAUAUUCCAACUUAUGAAGAAAUUGUUGGUGAAGAUGAAAAUCUCUCCGAAGACGAAGUAGAACUUGAAAAACAAGAAGAAUUCGAACAUAAGUAUAAUUUUCGCUUUGAAGAACCUGAUUCGGAAUUUAUUAAACGCUAUCCUCGUACUAUUGAACAAUCGGUUCGUAAAACAGACGAUUCAAGGAAACAAAAACGUCAAGAAAUAAAAGAACGAAAAGCUCGUGAAAAACAACAAAAAAUGCAAGAACUCGAAAUGAUUAAAGCGAUGAAGCGAAAAGAAAUCGAAGAGAAAAUUAUGAAAUUGAAAGAAGUCACUGGAAAUGAUGAAUUGGGAUUCAAAGAUGAAGAGCUGGAAGAUGAAUUCGAUCCAGAGGCACAUGAUAGACGAAUGCAAGAACUAUUCAAUGAUGAAUACUAUCAAGUGGAUGCUGAUGAUGAGAAGCCCGAGUGUCCAGAUAUUGAUGAGUUAAAAGUUGAAGAUUGGGAUAAUUAUGAUCCAGAGAGAGAUGAUUAUGAACCGCAUUGUGAGGAUGAAGAUUUCAAUAUGGACUGUGAUUAUGAUCCAAAUGCAAAGGAAGCCUUGCAACAAGAACUUAUUGAAAAUACACGGGAUAAGAGGAAAAAGCGAAAAAGAAAUCGUUUUGCUGAAGUCAUCAAAGCGGAAAAACCCGUAUUUAAUCCGGAUGAUGAGAAAACGUAUGGAGAGUAUAUUGAAGAGUACUAUAAGUUGGAUUGUGAGGAUAUAAUUGGUGACUUGCCAUGUCGAUUUAAGUACACAGAGACUGUGCCUAAUGAUUUUGGACUUACAAUCGAAGAGAUUCUUUUAGCCAAAAAUAAAGAACUGAAUCAGUGGGCAAGUUUAAAAAAGGCUGUACAAAUUCGUCCUGAUUACGUGGAGAAGAAAGAACAGAGACUCUACAAAAUGAAAGCGAAUAAUGAGGCAUUAAAACGAAAAAUAUUCAAAAGUCUUUAUGGAGAAGGAUCCGACGAAGAAGAUGGUGAAGAAGACAACCAGCCAACAACAAGUAAUCAAUCGCAGAAAAAACGUAAAGCUGCCGAAACAAUAACCUCUUCAAAUUCCAAAAUUAGCAAACCUAAUGAAGAACAAGAGGAAACUAAAAAUGAUGCAGAUCUUUCAGUUGAAACAACCAAAGACGAAUCUAAGGUUGAAGCAGGUCCUUCAUCCAAUACUGAAGGCGAAAAAAAGAAAAAGAAAAAAAAGAAGAAGAAAAAGAAUAACACCAACACAACAACAGCAACUACACAAGUUGAAGACCAAAAAACUAGUGCCAACAAGAAUCAAAUGAACAAAACUGCACAAGUUGAAAAAACUUCAGUGAACAAGAAUCAAGCGAAGAAUAAUAAAAAUCAAAAAGUAGAAGGUAAAUCAAAAUCAUCGGCAAAUAAUCCAUUUAAGAGUAAGAUGGAGCAAGGAAAACAUAUCAAUGGCAAGCCCAAUGCAGUUAACACUGCAAAAAAAAAUCUAAAUCAAAAUAAAUUCAAUCAGAAAAAAUCUGCUGAUGAUGAUAAAUCCUCACAAAUAACGGACGACCGUCUUAAAGCAUAUGGAAUCAAUCCAAGAAAGUUCCACAAUACAAAGAAAUUUGGAAAGAAAUCGUCGUAGUUUUGUAGUUCUCCAGUUUUUUUUUUUUUUUUAAUUUUAAGAACUACAACA